AAACAAAUAAAGAAUAAAUGAAUUAUUUAUAUAUAAAUAAUUGUCCAUUCAAUACAUUUACAAUAACAACACUAUUAAGAGUGAUUAAUAUUUUUUUAAUACAAUAUCUAAUAAUUGCUCGUAAACAAUGCUUUAAUUUAGAAUAUGAAUUAGAUUAUUGUUCUAGAAAGCAUAAAGUUCAUAUACCAACAAGUCAAUUAUCUGGUUACAGUUUUGGUUAUGGUUCAUUAAAUGAUACAGAAUAUAUGUGCCGUACUCGAUGGCACAUAUUGGUAUUUCACUGUAUGAGGAAAAGAGCAGAGGAAUCAUGUAAUCAUUCCGAUGAAGAGAAAUUUCGACAAAUUAUAUGGUCUAUUUCUCUAGAUACAAGAAAAUUUGAGAAAGCUGCUGCAUAUAUAUGUCAUGAACAUAAUUUGAGAAUUUUACGUGAACAUCAGUAUAGAUGUUUAAAACAACAAGAGAAAUUAGCUGAACAAUGUGCAGUUCAUAGAAAUGAAACAAUUAAAGAAGUUGUACUAGCAUUACAUAAUCAAUCUAGUCGAUUAUUAUCUAGUCCUAAUGAAUAUUAUUCUAUCAUUAAACACACAUUAACAUCAUAUGAAUGCAAAUCUCUACGAACAAAAUUAGAUUGUUUAUAUAAUAUAUUACAUAAUGCAUGUCCAUCCAAUGCAGUACGAUUAAUAAUGAAUUAUUUUAAAGAGACAUUACCAGAUGGUUGUACAUUUAAUUAUGAAACAAGAUUAUCAAAACAUUUAGAAUCAUUACAAAUGACAAAUUUAAUUAAUAAUGAUGAAAAUAUAGAUGAAAUGAAUAUGAGAAAACAAACUGUUAUAAAUAAUUUGAAUCAGAUUAAAGCAAGUCCAAUUAAAUCUGUAAAAAAUUAUGCUUAUUUAAUAAAUUAUAAUUAUUUAACUAUAACACUUAUUAUCUAUACAUUAAUAUGUAUUAACCAUUGAACAUCUCUUCUUUGUUAGCUUCUUUUUUUUUUAAUUAAUUAACUGAUUUGUUUAUAUUACAUCCGUAUAAUAUCAAUGAUGAAUGAAAUGGUCAUCUAUUACAGAGUAUACUUUCUGUAAAUAACCAUUUGAAUCUAUACUGAUCAACAUAUAAGACAAGAGUUCAAAAGUAUCAAUGAAUUUGUUCCAUAUUGUAUGUAUAAAAAAUGAAUCUUCUAUACCUUUAUCUAUCAGAUUAAAUUGUAUUCAUUAAGAUUGAUGUAAAUAUAGUUUUUAUUUUCUUUUUGUUGAACCAAAAGUACUUUCAAUCUAGCAGAUUACACGAAUUAAAU